AUGAUGCUACAAUCAUCUUGGAUAUGGUACAUCACCCUGUGGGUUGCUUGCACUUCAUCAUUUGCUGCAGCACUAUCUGGCAGUCCGUUUAGCCCUCCCGAUCCAUCUUUUGGAAUACCAGGGGAUGAUGCAAGCUAUGACUACGUCGUUGUGGGUGGUGGAACAGCAGGUUUGACGAUAGCAGCACGGCUAGCAGAAAAUGGCUCGUAUAGCGUUGCUGUUGUUGAAGCCGGGGGUUUCUAUGAGGAGUCAGAUGGGAACUUGAGCGUCAUUCCUUCAGAUGACAUCUGGUAUGCAGGGUCUAGUCCAACAGACUUCAAUCCCAGUGUCGAUUGGGGCUUUGUAACGACUCCGCAAGCGGGGAUGAACGAAAGACAGCUCCACUAUGCGAGAGGGAAAUGUUUAGGCGGUAGUUCAGCACGGAACUACUUCACAUAUCACCAUGGCACGUACGAUGCGUACCAUAUGUGGGCGACUACAGUGAAUGACAGCUCGUACGAGUAUUAUUCUUUUCUGCCAUACUUCAAGAAAAGUGCUCAUUUCACACCUCCCGACAAUGAACAACGUCCUCGUAAUGCGUCCGUCGGUUAUAACCCGGCUGCAUUCUCGCCCACCGGUGGUCCACUUCAAGUCUCGAUCCCAAUAUGGGCCAAUUCCUUUUCGUCUUUUGCUAAAAAAGGUUACGAACGGCUUGGUCUACGACAAGUCGUGGAUUUCGUCAGUGGUACGUUGAUAGGUGUGCAAUAUAACAUGAACACUAUCGAUCCUCGUCGUCAAACUCGUAGCUCUUCGGAGACGUCCUACCUGCGAAUGGUUGAAAGCAAUAACGCACUUCGAAUUUACAACCAAACUAUGGCACAGAGGAUUCUUUUUAAUGGCACAACAGCAUCUGCUGUUGCUGUCCGGUCAGGUAACCUCAAUUACACUCUUUUCGCGAAGCGAGAAGUCAUAGUAUCUGCUGGUGCCUUUCAAUCUCCCCAAAUACUUAUGGUUUCUGGCGUGGGCCCAGCAGAGACGCUUCGCCAGUUUGAUAUACCAAUAAUCGCCGAUCUUUCUGGGGUAGGCCAGAAUAUGUGGGAUCACAUCCUCUUUGGCACGAGCUAUCGGGUGUCGACACUUACGCAUUCAGCUACGUCUAACGCGACAUUUUUGGCAGAGGUCUUGGAAGAGUACAUGACAAAGAAUGGGAGCGGCAUGCUCGGCAACCCCGGCGGAGACUUGAUAGCUUUUGAGAAACUACCAUCCUCAGAGCGUGAAUCUCUUACCCCUGAGACACUAGCUUCCCUUGCCGAAUUUCCACCAGAUUGGCCAGAAAUCGAAUACCUAGCCCUUGAUGCAUACAGUGGUAACAACAGCAACUACAUAACCGGAGCGCCGAAGACGCCGUACAUGUACGUGAGCCCCAGCGCAGCUUUAGUGGCUCCAUUGAGCCGCGGAAACGUGACCAUCACGAGUGCAAGCAUGGAUGAUCCUCCACUUAUCAACCCCAAUUGGCUUACCCAUCCUGCGGACCAAGAACUGGCUGUGGCAGCAUUGAAACGAAUCCGGCAGCUUAUGAAUACUGACAUUGUCAGCGAGGUUAUUGUUGGUGAAGAGCUGUUACCUGGCCGCAAUGUGAAGAGUGAUUCUGACAUCUUGUACUCCAUUCGAGAAAAUGGGAUUCAAGUGUUUCACGCCGCUGCAACUUGCAAAAUGGGCAAUUCUGACGAUCCUCUAGCGGUAGUCGACUCAAGGGCUCGUGUCUUUGGAACGCAGGGCCUACGAGUCGUAGACAUUUCGGCUUUUCCUCUUCUUCCUCCUGGUCAUCCCCAGGCUACUGUUUAUGCCCUUGCCGAGAAAAUCGCAGACGACAUUCUGUGCGCAGAUGUCUGA